AUGACCCCAGGCUCCUCCCCAUUCGGGCUCUUGCCCUUGCUUGUCUGCAUCUCCUUCCCCAUCCCGCUCUCUUCCCCGCUCGUGCCUGGUGGCGGUAGGCCCACAACCCGUUGCUGCAAGAUGCGCCGCCGCAUUAGUUGGAUGAAGGGAGGCGCGAAGCUGUGCAACGGUGCCGAUGGUCGGAAGCUGAACCGCGGCGACGACAGACGCCCGCCCCCGCAAGAUCCGGCGUGCGGACGCCCGUCCCUGCAAGAUCCGGCGUGCGGACGCCCGUCCCUGCAAGAUCUAGGUGGACGCGAACAAGGCUACGAGCCUGCAAGUGGCCAAGGCCGGUUCUGCGGCGACCGAGUUGGCCACGGACGCGGCUGCGAAUGGCGUGCAGCUGGCAUCUGA